AUGUCUCCUGGAGGUCGCUUCUGUGAGGAUGUGGCUGAGUCUCGUAUGGCGUUUGCAGAUUCUGAUGUUGCAACUUCCACUGGUGAUGUAAGGACUUCCCCUUUCAGAAAAGCUGCCCCUGGUUUGCUUGGAAUUCCUGGAAUGCCAUCAAACCACAAUGUGCAUGACCUACUCGAGUGUCCUGUUUGCAUGAAUUUAAUGUGUCCUCCAAUUCACCAGUGUCCAAAUGGCCAUACUCUCUGCUCGAGCUGUAAGGCUAGAGUGCACAACUGUUGCCCCACGUGUCGCAAUGAACUUGGAAAUAUAAGGUGCUUGGCACUGGAGAAAGUAGCAGAGUCGCUGGAUCUUCCUUGUAGAUACCAAAUUUAUGGUUGCCAAGAUAUAUUCCCAUACUACAGCAAGCUAAAGCAUGAGAAAAUCUGUAAAUAUCGUCCAUACAACUGCCCUUAUGCUGGAGCUGAUUGUUCUGUCACAGGAGAUAUCCAACUCCUUAUGAUGCAUCUUAAAAAUGAUCACAAGGUUGACAUGCAUGAUGGAUGUACUUUCAACCAUAGAUAUGUUAAAUCCAAUCCCCAAGAAGUUGACAAUGCUACAUGGAUGUUGACGAUUUUUAACUGUUUUGGGCGUCAGUUUUGCUUGCAUUUUGAGGCUUUCCACAUUGGAACUGCACCUGUUUACAUGGCCUUCCUUCGGUUCAUGGGUGAUGAUGAUGAGGCAAAGCAAUUCAAUUAUAGUCUUGAAGUUAGUGGCAGUGGCAGAAAGCUUAUAUGGCAAGGAAUUCCUAGGAGUAUCCGAGAUAGCCACAGAAAAGUUCGUGACAGUCAAGAUGGACUAAUCAUUCAGAGGAACUUAGCACUCUUCUUCUCCGGUGGUAAUAGGCAGGAACUGAAGCUGAAAGUCGCUGGUCGUAUAUGGAAAGAACACUGA